AUGUCAUCUCACAACGAAAUCAUCGACUGCAUCCUCCACUUGUACUCUACACUUCGUUACAAGCCUCCCCCACGCCAAUGGACCAUACUGGCCGCUUUCUAUCUGACUUCAGAUCUCGGCUUCAACAUCAUCUCCCUUGCUACAGGCACUAAAUGUCUGGCUGCGAAUAAGCUGCCAAUCGAAGAGGCUCUCCACGACUCGCACGCGGAAAUUCUAGCCAGGAGAGGCGCGAUUCGAUGGCUCUUUGAAGAAAUUGGGAGAAUGAACUCCGUCUCCAAUUUCAAGUCUGAAUGGCUGCAAUGCGACCACCAACACUCGUACACAAUGCAUGCCGGCGUCAGAAUAGGAUUCUAUGUCUCCACUGUACCAUGCGGAGACUGUUCGAUGGGGCUCCUUUCUUCGACGCAAGAUGCCGAAAUGGCCGCCCUAAAAGAAAAAAGCAAGAACGGUGCUGCUGUCACCCCAGUUGUGUCGCGUGGAAGGGACAACUACGCUCUUGUCGGCAUUCUCCGCACCAAGCCGGCGAGGGCCGAUGCGCCGACCACUGCUUCUAUGUCCUGCAGUGACAAGAUUGCGGCCUGGUCGUUCUUGGGCAUACAAGGAGCACUUGGCGCUCGGUUUUUCUCCGCGCCGUUAUAUGUCAACGAGAUCAUCGUUGGCCUUGAUUUGGCUGCCGAAAAUAUCAACGAAGAAAUAACAAAGACCGUGAGGGACGACUGCGAAAGGGCAUUGUUAAGACGGAUGGCGAGUGUCAGCGCGAGUGACCUGUACUCCUUCCACCCACCCGCAAUUCAUUUCACUCGCAUCCCCUUCGUUCACUCCCGCUCGAUGACACCAGAGGUCGCCGCUUCAUGUAAUGAUUCCCUUUUCUGGAUUGCGGACUCGAUAAAGGCACCUCAAGUGAUCAUCAACGGAUUCAAGCGCGGUGUGUCCCCCAAUCGGCGGUUGGACGAGAAGUCGCUACCUAUCGUGUGCCGUAGAGCAAUGCUCAAGCUUUACAAUGAUACACUGCAGCUUUGUGGGUUGACAUCCGAUGCCGCCCAACCAACUUCCCUGCGCAGCAUCAAGCUGACGAUGCACGAAUAUCAACAAGCCAAGGACCAUCUCAUGGGGGAGACCGGUGUUUUUAACGGAUGGAUUCGAGGGUCAACCGUGUCCUUUGAAAAAUCAAACGAUUGUACAGGUGGUAUAUGA